GGGGCAUAUCCCCAUGCUGUCCCUGGCCCUGCUCAAGAGUUCUCAGCUAGAUGGGACCAAAGCUUCACUGGCCCGCAGACUCCCACACUCCCACAUCAGCCCCCGGGAGAGAGAGAGCAGAGGAGAGGAGGCAGCAAGGGAACAGAGAGCAACAGGCUGCUGCUAGUGUGCACACUGGCUGAGAGAGAUUCCACAAGGAAGCCCGUUUAUCUCUAGAGCUGUUGAUGAGGCAGUCUGGGUCCACUCCAUCUCAUCUCAGCCUGGAGUCUAGAGGUGGCCAGCGGGGUCCAAGUGUGUACCGCUUGAGAGUGUGUGACUUUAUUUUCCAACUUUUGAACACUGGAACUGUACUGUAAGCAUUAUGACUCUUCUGGGCUCUGAACACUCCAUUCUGAUACGAAGCAAGUUUAGAUCAGUCCUACAGUUAAGACUUCAGCAGAGGAGGACACGAGAGCAGCUGGCAGACCAAGGCAUCAUGCCUCUAAACCAUGGUAAGUUCCAGAAGCAGGAGGACUCUUAUGCGUUCGAGGAAGACAGCAGCAGUGAGAGUCUGUCUCCGGAGCAGCACCACAGUGAUGAGUCGCAGGGCUCGGCCUGCCCUUCAUCGGAGGUUGUCGGCAGUACGCCCUCCUCCUCCUCCUCACCUGUCCUAACCAGCCCACGACAGGGAGGUGCAACCAGAGACCCACCUGAUCAAGGCCAGGAUGAAGGGCUGUCUGAUGCCAACAACAGCCAGGCUUCUCCCCCAAUACCUGUUCCUGCUAUUGUCAAGUCCAAGACUUCAGACAAGAACCGACAGAAGAAGCCCAAAGAUGUGAAGCCGAAGGUGAAGAAGCUCAAGUACCACCAGUACAUUCCUCCGGACCAGAAGGCCGAGAAGUCCCCUCCGCCCAUGGACUCGGCCUACGCCCGACUCCUCCAGCAACAGCAGCUCUUCCUGCAGCUGCAGAUCCUCAGCCAGCAGAAACACGCUCACACACACCCACAGUCGCAGCAGCACUCACACACUCACACUCCAAAGACACAGGCCCAGGCCCAGGCUCAGCAGCGGCAGCCCUCUUUCAGCUACCAGCCUCACCCAGCAACCCAAACCCAGAAAGGAGCCGGUGAGCAGCUGUCAGCCUGUAGCCCCAACGGUCCAUCCAGCCAAGCCAACAGUAACUCCUCCUCCCCAGUCAAGAACACAUACGCCAACCAAAGCAACAUCUCACCGGUCCAACCUGGGCCCCUACCGGCUAAUCUGGAUGACCUAAAAGUAUCAGAGCUCAGGCAGCACCUGCGUAUUCGUGGCAUGCCCGUCUCCGGCACCAAGACGGCCCUCAUCGAGCGCCUCCGACCCUUCAAGGACUCAAACGCCGGCUCCUCGCCCUCUGGCUCCUCUGACAUCACCACAGUGACCUUCCCUGUCACACCCACAGGAUCCCUGUCCUCCUACCAGUCUCCGUCAUCCUCCAGCGCCCUGUCCCAGGGAGGCUACUACCCUUACCCCAGCACCUCCUCCACCCCUCCUAUCUCUCCUGCCUCCUCCGAGCUGUCCCUCAGUGGCUCCCUCCCCGACAGCUUCAGCGACGUGCCCAUGUCCUCGCCGACGCAGUUCGCCCUGCAGCCAUCUCCGGCCCAGCUCGGCAUGGAGGACGGCCUGUGCGGGGGAGGCCCGAGGGCGGGGGAGGGGGGAGGUGUGGAUGGCGAGGAAGCUGAAAAAGAUAAGAUGCUGGUGGAAAAGCAGAAGGUGAUUGAGGAGCUGACGUGGAAGUUGCACCAGGAGCAGAGACAGGUUGAGGAGCUGAGGAUGCAGCUCCACAAGAGGAAACGCUGCUAUGGAGCAACACAGGACACCGUCCCCCCUCCGUCUCACCCCUCCAUGCACCACCAGCAGACUCCAGCCAUGAUGGGCCAGCACUUCUUUGGGGUGACUAUCAAGCAGGAGCCCAUGUCCUUGUCCUCCAGCUGCCCUCUGUCCUCUCCCAAACAGCUGAAGAGCUCUGCUGGCAGCUGCAUGGAGGAUAUGGGACGCUGCAACAACCCCCUCUCCAAUAUAGGGGGCCCCGGAGGGCCACAAUGUAUGGACACUUCCUCUGGCAGCCCCUCCACAAUGUCUGCUUUCCUCAGUCCACAGUGCUCGCCACAAGACUCCCCCAUCGGAAAGCCUUCCAGUAGCUCCCAGCCUUCAUCUCCCAACAAACCCUACUUGCUGUCACCUCCGCUGGGAAGAGACGGCUGCGGUCACCCCCACCCCCAGGCCAAUAACAGAGCACGCAACAUACAGAUGCAGCAGAAGAACGGUGGCCAGGCGGUGAACUGCUCUUAUCCCUCUGACCAAAGAGGUCUUCAGGGAGUCUUUACCAACUCCACUGAUUGUGGCCACAGCGGCUCAGCCAAGCCUGACAACCACAAUAUGCAACCAAAGAUGUCAGUAGUGCCCUCUCCUCGGCAUGUUGGCCAAAAGUGCCAGGUCUCUCCCCCUGCCUUCAGUAGCUCAGAUUCAGAUGCAUCAGACUUAAGACAGCCCCCACGCUAUGAGGAUGCAGUCAAGCAGCAACUGACCAGAAGUCAGCAGAUGGACGAACUUUUAGAUGUGCUCAUAGAGAGUGGAGAGAUGCCAGCUAACGCCAGAGAAGAGAGGGAGAGGGCCUCUGUAACCAAAGUUGUGCCUCACAUUACUGUGUCCCCAGGGUGUCCCGGCCUCCUCAUCCCUAGGUUCCACAGACACUACGAACACCUGUCCCCCACCCAGCUCCCUUACAACCACCCGGCCAAUCACAUCACCGAGAGCCACCUGGAGAAUCUGCUGGGAAGUCCAAUUGGCCGGGGAGGAGAGGUGGCUCUUCAUAAAAUGGCUGCCGAGGACGGGGGUCAGGAAGAUGAAGGAAACAGAGAUGGCGAGGUGUACGGCAGCCCCCACAACCACCACCGCCAGCCUCACCAUCCCCAACAGGACAAACUUCUGACCAACAGAGAUCUGAUGGACACCCCUCUGUCGCCCAUCAGCACCAAGGUGUCCACCGUCUCCGAGGUGCAGGGGAUGGUCAGCAUGACUUUCAGCGAGAUGCCGUGGGAGACGAUGGAGUGGCUGGACCUGACGCCGCCCAGCUUGGCCACGGCCUUCAGUAUUGCUCCUCCCAGUGGGCCCAGCAUCUUCAACACAGAGUUCCUGGAUGUCACAGACAUUAACUUGAACUCUGCCAUGGACCUUCACCUGGAGCACUGGUGAGACCAACGCCGCGACAUGCUAGCAUCAAUCACAAGACACCAGCUUACAAGUAGCUGUACGGAGCGCUGAUAUCAGCUAUAGCCAUGCCAAAGAACUAUUGACUUCUACCUUAACAGCUUCAGUCCAAGUGCCACACUGUGCCUCUUGUUGUAAUACAGUGGGAUGUGACAUUAAGUAGUCCAUUAGCCUACAUUCAAAGACUGGCGGCUUAGUUGAACUACAGAAUUAUAUAUUGACUUAUUCCCUCCACUUCAGAGAAAUUAGGUUCUGGUGUUGCCAUCGUACCCAGAAUCCAAAGACUAGGUCCUUUUUGGACAAGGAUGCGCACAACUGCCACAUAAGUAUGAGAGUGAAGGGUGAAAUGAAGGCUUUCCUAGGUAAUGGAUUACAUGAUUACAGUGCUUUAUACCAACACGUCAUGCAAUAUCAGUGUUACGCUUCCUAGACUUGAAGACACAUUUUGACAAUCAUUGUAUAUUUUCUGAGUCUAUGUUUGUAUUACUGGAAAAAAAAGAAAGGAAUUACAAGUUGAAUAGGAUUGCUUGGUACGGCCAUUUUGUAAAUAUCUUAACUAUCUGUACUGACAGAGACAAGUCUGCAUAUUUUGUCAGUGGUGUGGGAGAAGACACAAACCACAAAUUAUGUAAUCAGUUCAUCAAAUGAUGUAAAUAUGUCAACAUUAUCUCACUGUGCACCUCUAGCUGAAAACACAUUUGUCACAGUUUGAGCUUACAAUGUGUGUAGAAACGGUUGGCAUUCCUUUUGAAGGACCUUUUUUUUUUAAACAAGUUUCUUUUCACUAUUUGGCAUGUUGAACCACAGAAUGACAUUAAGAAAAGAAAUGAAUGUCUUUGGUCUUAUCGGUUUAGAUCGGCAGACACAAUGUACCUUAUUUGCAGCAGCUUUUUUUUUUUAAACAAUUUUUAUUCCAGUUUCCCCUUUACAAUGUAUAAGUAUGUGCUAUUAACUAAAAGCUGUUGAGAGAUAUUAAUAUAGACAAAUCCAACAUCAGUUUUUCAGACAAAUGUUAAAAAAAUUUAAUGAAAAAUGUGUUCUUAAUAAGUAGCUUUUUGUCCUCACAAAUCCCACUCUUUCUAUUCCCAGGCCACAGUUAUUUAUUUUGUGUUGUUAUAUUUAUACUUUAUCCUGUAUUUAUACUGACAUUCCUUUCUCAUAAAUUGGGGCUCUUUGAUUUAAUGGGAAAACUCCAGUGCUGCCAUUAUGACCAUGAACAUUUCUUAGUAUAUCUUACAAAUGUGAUACAAAGUGAAGGAACCACUUCCAAAAGCCAUGCUUUCUUAAAUCACCUUUCUUUAAAGAAUCCUACUAAGUGGACAUGCCUAUGUCUAUUAUUAGCACUUGUGAAUAGGAAAAUGGAAACAGAAAGAAGAGCAAUAAACCUAUCACAGCAAAAUCAUUUCUGCAUUUCCUCUUUUAUUCAUGUCUAAUUCACAAGAAGCACACAAUACAGGUUUUCAAUAUUUUCCAUGGGAAGUUUGUUUGUAACCCUCGAUAAAGAUACAAUAUAAUAUUCAGAUCCUUACUGUGAACACUGCAUAUUAACACAGCAUAACCGUGUAGCAGAGACAGCUUAUACACACAGUAGUUUCACUCACAAGAUCUCAAAGGUUUGUACUUUUGGUCUGUAAAUGUCCUUUCCUGCGAUAUGUAAAAACUUUAAAGGAAGGCGUUGAGUCUCGUCUAACUAUUGUGAAGAAAGCAAAUAAAUAUACAUCCCAAAUGUCAAACUUAUACAUUUCCAACACAUUUCUGUUGCCUGUAGACGUGGGUCUCACUGCGUGUUCUGUUUGACCAAAUCUGUUUUUUUUCCUGUUACUUAUGAAGUGUUGCACUUGUUAAAGGGUUUCUAUGGUUACAUGUAGGCAAUGAAUGCCCAUCUUGAAUAUAUGACAAAGCUGAUAUUUUUCACUUCAUGUCUUCCGUUAUAAGAAUAUUUACAGGGCUUUUUUACCUGGUGGGGUUCAUUUCAUCAUUUUCCCUAAUCAGGAAACAAAAUCACAUCAGACAGAAGCUUCCAUGUUGCUUGGCCACCGACUUGCUUUACUAUUAUAAAAUGAAAAACAGUAUUUGCCUGCAUCCCUGUAUACUACAGAAAGAAGAGCAAUAAACCUAUCACAGCAAAAUCAUUUCUGCAUUUCCUCUUUUAUUCAUGUCUAAUUCACAAGAAGCACACAAUACAGGUUUUCAAUAUUUUCCAUGGGAAGUUUGUUUGUAACCCUCGAUAAAGAUACAAUAUAA